ACCUGCCGGGCCGGCCGCGGCUCCGAGGGGCGCCAUGUCCGAGUACGUGAACGACCUGUGGCCGGGCUCGCCGCCCGACGCCUCUCCGUCCGCGUCGCGCUCGGGCCAGUCGAGCCGCCGCACGUCGGCGUCGCGGAGCCGCUCCUCUUCCCGAAGCUCCCGCUCCAGCGGCUCGAGCCGGGCGUCGUCCCGGGGCCGCCGGGACCGGCGGGGGCGGCGGCGGCGGCGCAGCGGCAGGUCGCGGUCGCGGUCGCGGUCGCGGACGGGGCGGCGGCGGCCCUCGCGCAGAUACCGGCGCUACUCGCGCUCCUACUCGCGGAGCCGCUCGCGGGCCCGGGGCCGCCGCGCCCGGCGCUCCGCCUCCUGCGGGCGGGCCUCCCGCGUCUCCCCGCGGGCCCGCGCCCGCUCCCGCUCCCGCUCGCGGGGCCGCUCGUACGUGCGGCGGGCGUACGCGGGGCCGCGGGGCCGGCGCUACUACGGCUUCGGGCGCACGGGCUUCCCCGAGGAGCGCCGGAGCUGGAGGGGGAGAUCCCGGACGCGGUCCCGGAGCCCGACCCCCUUUCGGCUCAGUGAGAAAGAUCGAAUGGAGCUGUUGGAAAUAGCAAAAGCCAAUGCAGCAAAAGCCUUAGGAACAGCCAACUUUGACUUGCCAGCCAGUCUCAGAAAUGUUUCCUUAUCUAAAACAAACCCUGGACUAUCUGUACCCAAUGGUGCAAAGUUUGAGCUGUCGGAAAAGCUAACUGAAGAUGAAACUAAAAACCACAGUGAAAAGUCUUCACAACAAAAAAGCAUAGCUUUUAGUUCUAAUAAUUCUGUAGCAAAGCCAAUGCUUCAGAAAACAGCUCAAGCUACCAUUGACGAGAGCUCUUCAGGAUCCCCAAAAAUAGAUAAGAAAAAAAGUCCAUAUGGAUUGUGGAUACCUGUCUAAAAAGAAAACCUAGCUCAGGUUGCCUGAAAUGCACUUUAAUUACAAGUUUGUGUUCCUAGCAUUAUUCCAUUAAUGUGAACCAUGUAGCAAAAUUGUGGCACUAAAAACUCCAACACAAAAAGAUGCUUAAAAUUAACAUUUUAGAUUUCUCUUACAGAUAGGAGAUAGCACAAAUGGACCAGAAGUUACAUACAGGUGGGAGUCUUGUGUAUAUUAUAUAUAUGUACACACAUAUAUGUAUUUGUAAAUGUUUUAAUGAUUAUGUAAAAUGAAAUUUAUAAACCACAGUAUUUAACUGAUUGUUGUAUAAAUAAAUUUCUGGUUUUUAUUUGUUCUUA